CGUACAUGCAGCAAAGUCUGCAACUUCCAAAGACGAAGUACCCUGAUGAAAGUAUUCGACUUAUCAAGGUUCACCUGCAAUUUCAGGAUCAACCCGGGGAAAACUUGGAUCCAACAUCCAUCAAUUGUAAAGUCAAUUCUGUGAGGAAGGACAAGGCCAAUAAGAGCGAGACGAACAAGACGCGCAGUAAAUCAAUCAGCUCUUACAAAACACGAUCAGAAAUUGCCGACACACUGGACGCAGUCUUGGGACGAAAUGCAAUUCUAGAGAAGGAAAAUUACCGCCUGAGGAAAUCACACGCCUGCAGGGACGUCAAGGCCCUACUCGAGAAACUCGACCAGGUCUCCAAAAACAUCAAUACAUUACAAGCCGACAAUGAGCCAAGUCAAGUCCGGGAUCUACGCAGACUUCGUCGCACCGGAAUCAACGUUGUCUCCAACAACAUCAACACAAACAACAACAACAACAACAACACACAACAUCCACCCUCAUCAUCAUCAACAUCUUCCGCCAAUCCGAUCGAAAAGGUCUCCGAAACGAAACUCCUUCAAGCCGAGCGACAGAAAAUCCUCAGCAAUACGCUGACGACCGUCAACGACAUCGUCGACAACGUCACUGUGCUCGUGGAAAACUUGAAAUCGUCUCCGGGUCUAUGGUUGGAUUUGAGCGAAGCCCGUGCAGAACGAGAUUCUGCGAGAAAGGCUUUGAUGGCGAGCGAAGAAAAGAACCGGGUUUUGGAGCAGAGAGUUGAGAAGAUGAAGGCGGCCAUUGUGUGUUUUGCUUGUGACGACCAGUCUUCGAAUCUCGGUACCGUCAGCAAAAAAUCUGGGGAACUUGAGGUGAGUCAUCAGUUUGAAGAGAUGAUCACUUUGAGUUCACGAGCUCUAAGCUUGGAUCUACUGGAAGAAAAGAACCUACAUCCGCAUUUUACAGGGGUAACUCAUCAUCAGUCACCAACUUUGGGUACGCAACCCUCUCUCCAACCAGCAACCACCACAUGGAAUCAAAAUCGAAGCCCAUCAGGCGUGAAUCCCAACGAUCACGGGUUCAGCAACCCAUCAUCCAUCUGCUACAAUAAGGCUGGUGCAGGAGGAGACGGAAUUUGCAGCCAGAAACCCAAAAAGUCAGAGUUGGUGGACGAAGACGAAAUUGCGUCGACUCUCAAACGGAUUCGCGCUCAACACAUCGAGUCUCAAUUGAGUCUCAUGGAUAAAAUCCAACGGCUGGAACGCGAUCUCAUCGCUUCUUCAACACAUCACCAAAAGCCGCAGCAUAAAACUGACUUUUUGGUGUAUUUCGCAAGCAAUCAAGUGGACGAGGAAAACUCUGGGAAAGCUGCUGAAUUAGUUAACGAACGCGAGUCUGACAAUCCGGAAAUGGUGGAACCAUGCCCUCAGACGAACACAGAUCUAGCUGCGGAAUCAGACGAGAAGAUCCCGUCGCCAGAUCAACCAAAAUCCACAACAGAAGGCCCAUCCCAAAAACGGUUGAUGGACGAUGAUGACGGGCCGUCGUGUCGAAAAAAGUCCCCCAAUCCAUCAGUUUCCGAGUCAGGAAACAAGCCCAAGACAUCCUUGGAAAUCGAACUGGAAAAUCUCAUCAAAAAACUGACUUCGGCCCUGGACGAGGUCCAGGUUUUCUGCUCUGACCAAGUCAAGGACGACGGAGCCAAAUCCGUCGCUUCCGCUGCAGUCUACCUGAAAUCGUGUCUGGGAUCGAUUCUCAAGGACUGUUCGGGUUGCGCUUCCCAAGAUGCGAAAAAAUUUGGCGAGGCAGCCGGGAUUACGGUGGACGAGAAUGAGCAUGAGCCCAAAAAGGACCCGUGUCCGCAUCGCAAAAAAUCUGGGGAACUUGAGGUGAGUCAUCAGUUUGAAGAGAUGAUCACUUUGAGUUCACGAGCUCUAAGCUUGGAUCUACUGGAAGAAAAGAACCUACAUCCGCAUUUUACAGGGGUAACUCAUCAUCAGUCACCAACUUUGGGUACGCAACCCUCUCUCCAACCAGCAACCACCACAUGGAAUCAAAAUCGAAGCCCAUCAGGCGUGAAUCCCAACGAUCACGGGUUCAGCAACCCAUCAUCCAUCUGCUACAAUAAGGCUGGUGCAGGAGGAGACGGGAUUUGCAGCCAGAAACCCAAAAAGUCAGAGUUGGUGGACGAAGACGAAAUUGCGUCGACUCUCAAACGGAUUCGCGCUCAACACAUCGAGUCUCAAUUGAGUCUCAUGGAUAAAAUCCAACGCCUGGAACGCGAUCUCAUCGCUUCUUCAACGCAUCACCAAAAGCCGCAGCAUAAAACUGACUUUCUGGUGUAUUUCGCAAGCAAUCAAGUGGACGAGGAAAACUCUGCUGGGAAAGCUGCUGAAUUAGUUAACGAACGCGAGUCUGACAAUGCGGAAAUAGUGGAACCAUGCCCUCAGACGAACACAGAUCUAGCUGCGGAAUCAGACGAGAAGAUCCCGUCGCCAGAUCAACCAAAAUCCACAGCAGAAGGCCCAUCCCAAAAACGGUUGAUGGACGAUGAUGACGGGCCGUCGUGUCGAAAAAAGUCCCCCAAUCCAUCAGUUUCCGAGUCAGGAAACAAGCCCAAGACAUCCUUGGAAAUCGAACUGGAAAAUCUCAUCAAAAAACUGACUUCGGCCCUGGACGAGGUCCAGGUUUUCUGCUCUGACCAAGUCAAGGACGACGGAGCCAAAUCCGUCGCUUCCGCUGCAGUCUACCUGAAAUCGUGUCUGGGAUCGAUUCUCAAGGACUGUUCGGGUUGCGCUUCCCAAGAUGCGAAAAAAUUUGGCGAGGCAGCCGGGAUUACGGUGGACGAGAAUGAGCAUGAGCCCAAAAAGGACCCGUGUCCGCAUCGUUUGUUGAGCGACGUGGAAACCUCGGCUUCGGACGUGGAAGCUGUUUGUGUGGGUGCGACCCCGGAACAAUUGGUUGCUUUGCUAGUGGAUGAACGCGACAGGAACAAACAGUUGAUUCAAAUUCGGGACUUUCUGGCGUCGGAAAACCACCGCGUGCAGCAAGAACUCGAGACCAUGAAAAUCACUCAAGCAGCUCUCAUGGAAGCACAAGAACAGCCAUCAUUUAAAAAAGCCCCAAUCAAAAAGAUGUCCAGCAGCGUGUCGGAAAAGCCGAAAAAUAGCCUUUGCCCAGACCUGGACGGGAUCGAAGCGCCAAACGAUUUACUUCGCCAGGCCGAGAAUGAAAUCACUCAAUUGCGCAAUAAUCAGGAGAUUCUAGAGGCAAAAUUGGAAAAAGUGAGUUUACGCUUGCAACGACACCACACCCCCAAGGAACCAUCCGUGCACAGGGAGGCAAAAGUGGAGGAUCAUUCCGAUUCCUUCCACGAAAGUGACUUCUGUCACUGCGACGAAGUGCCGCCAUCGCCGACCAAGACGGCGGCGGAGGCGGCCAUGGAACUCAUGCUUGAGCGCUGCAGGUGUCCGCCGGAGUCGGCGGCGGAACUGGACAAGGCAAGUUUGAUUCAAAUUCGGGACUUUCUGGCGUCGGAAAACCACCGCGUGCAGCAAGAACUCGAGACCAUGAAAAUCACUCAAGCAGCUCUCAUGGAAGCCCAAGAACAGCCAUCAUUUAAAAAAGCCCCCAUCAAAAAGAUGUCCAGCAGCGUGUCGGAAACGCCGAAAAAUAGCCUUUGCCCAGACCUGGACGGGAUCGAAGCGCCAAACGAUUUACUUCGCCAGGCCGAGAAUGAAAUCACUCAAUUGCGCAAUAACCAAGAGAUUCUAGAGGCGAAAUUGGAAAAAGUGAGUUUACGCUUGCAACGUCACCACACCCCCAAGGAAUCAUCCGUGCACAGGGAGGCAAAAGUGGAGGAUCAUUCCGAUUCCUUCCACGAAAGUGAUUUUUGUCACUGCGACGAAGUGCCGCCAUCGCCGACCAAGACGGCGGCGGAGGCGGCCAUGGAACUCAUGCUUGAGCGCUGCAGGUGUCCGCCGGAGUCGGCGGCGGAACUGGACAAGGCAAGUAGUCCGGUUACAAUGUUUGUAACUUCACCAUCAGCCGAACCAUCACCACCACCACCAGCACCGACGGGCAAGGAGGCACAUGCAUUAACAAAAACGACAACGACGACGAUAACCAAGGAGAAACUGGAGAAAACAUCGGUUGAACAUCGUGCGACACCUGCGUCAGAACCCAAGAAAACCGCUUCGCAGAAUAUAGAUUCUUGCCGAUCAGAUGCCGCUAAGCGGCUGUUAGCAAAAGCUGACGAAUUGGACGGUGGACAUAUUCCGAAGGAUCAAUACACUUUCAAGGAUUUACAGCAAAUUCCGAGUCACGGACAAGAACUCGAGCAGAAAUACGCCAAGCUGUUCAAAAACCGAUCGAAAUCCGCAGACAAACCACCGAUGCCGCGUCUUUCAAAAAAUGACCUCAGGAGUGCUGAGUUGCAAAUAAUUUUGCAGCAAAUGAAAACACAAUGCGAAGAAUUCAAAAGAGUUAGGGAUACUUUGGGAUUUCGAGAUGAUCAAACUCCGAACGUUGGUGAUAAAUCUGCUGAAUCACUGCAUGGGAUCAAGAGUAAAAAAGACAAAAGCCCGGAAGUAAAAGAUUCGUGUCAUGGGAAGCCGAAACCCGAUUUGGUUUCAAUGAUUGAUUCGCUGGUUCUCAACAUAGAAACGUCCAUCGCAGUAGCGGAAAAGUUGGCACUGGAUCGCCGGGAAAUGGUGCGAGCUCUACAAGAACAAUGGGACUGGAACACUAAACUCAAGUCGGAGAAUUCAGAACUGCGGGACUUGGUUCGUGGGUUCAGGGACCACGUGUUGGCGUCCCGUGAGACCAUCAUGCAUGGCACCCAGGACUUAUUUCGCGCCUUGAGUCGGAUGCACAAGAAAGUCGUUUCUCUCGUCAAGUACAAAGAAAUGUGCAACAGUUUGGCUGACAGACUGCGAGCGUACAUGCACGCGGACGAGCGUUCUGCCAAAGAAAUUCGCAGUUUGCUUCUCGAGAAGAAAAUCCUCUCGGAUCAACUGAAAUCUGCCAAAUCCAAGCCCGUCAUCAUCUCUAGAAACGUCUCCAUCAAUUUCCCCGGCGCGAAAAACGGCACAGUGCCCGAAUCGUCUACGCAGGACCGUGAGCACCAGGACCAAAUUGCCAGAGAAGGCACAGGGGAAGAUGUCAAACGAGUUUUGCACGACGACUGCGGAAAUAGCGGAGAUGAGGAGGAUCUCGAAGGAGAACCAAUUGGAACUCAAGGAAAGCUCGAGGAUAAUUUUUGCAGUCCUGGCAAAGAUCUGAAAGAACAAUGGCUCGAGGAUAAUUCUGUUACGCCUGACCUCAAAUUGGAAGAAGAAGACGGAUUUAAGAAUACUUGCAAACAUCGUCGGCUAGAUGAUGAACCACUCCCAGAAUCUUAUCCUGAGCCACCCGAGCAAUUUUCAACACUGUCUCCGAAAAAGUCGCAAGAUCUGACCUUGAGUUCUACCAAGUCCUUUGAUCCGACGGAUUACAACGAUUCUGGGAAUAUGCAAACGGGAACACCGGGCGAAUCUCCGUCGGAAUAUGACAAGGACGAGUCUCAAUCAGAAAAACGCUGUCGACAUACGCGAGAAGCACUUCAAACUCUCUUGAAUGUCAUCGUAUCGUCAAACAGCGACAAUGAGGAAAUUGAGGCCAAGAAAAGCAAUGAUGGCAUUCUGAAAUUGGCUCUGCACAGACUUGCCAAAAGAAACCUCAGCUUGGAGAUGCAACUGAAACACCUGGUGGCCGAACAACGGUGUCAAUGCCCAGCAGAACUGGGGGAACUCGUCAUAGAAAACGGCCCUUCCCCGUACACCCCGGAUCCCGCCAAUUUCAGCCCGCAAAAAUCCGGUGUCUGGAGCCCCUCGUUCACGAUUGCCAAAAUAACCCCGCGCGCCAAUUACAGCUCCUCCACCGCGUCCGACUCUGACCUCCGCGCUCUUCAAACCAGAUGCGAGAAAUUCGGCAAGGAAAACGCGAAAAUGAGGAUGGAAUUGCAAAAGCUGAAAAUCACGCUGGAAAAUGAAAGGAUCGAAAAGGCUUUGCAACCUAUUCACGUCAGACAAGCGUCGAAGAAGAAGAAACAACAACAACAACAACAGAAACUGAUUGAUGACGGUGAUGACGGGAAGCGUCCGAGUCCUGUUCGGUUGUUCAAAGCGACGCGGAAAUUUGGCACGAAAAUCGGUCAUGCUUCCGGGCACCACAAACACAGCAGCAAGAAUAAGAACCCAGCACAAAACCCGGGUUCGCAAGUUAUCAAUGAGGGCGAUAUUGCACCGACAUCGAAGUUGCAUCCUUGCGUUUGUUUACAUGAUUCGAACAGCACCAAUUCCCACACAACACCUCCCACUUCUUGUCGACACAAAAAAGUAAUGUUUGACCAAGAAUUUGACGAAAUGAUCUCCGACAUCGCGGUGUCUCAGUGUGAUAAUAAGAAACGGAAACAAAGCGAGGAUUUCACAGCCGUUGGCAAUCUUGUGCCGAAAUGCUGCUAUAAGCGCGGAAAGUUCAAAUAUUUGGCAAUCGCGGCGAUUCUGUGGCAAAUUUUCGUGCUCAUUUUCGACUACUUUGCUGGAACGGGGUUUUUCAAAGACCAGAAAACGUCAUUGAGAUGCAGGAGAUUCCAAGAGGCUUCAUCGAACAUCACGACAAAUGAAAGAUCAAUCAUGCAAAUCAAUUCCAUGAAUCAAAGCGAUUGGCUUUUACUUUCGUCCAAGGAGAAUAAUUCAAUCCUCGCGUAUUCUGCAUAUUGGAUGAUGAAAGGAGACGGAAUCUCGUUCGCUCGCAUCGUCGCAGUUUCCGCACAAAAGUCAAGGACACAAGUGCAAGCAAAAUUUGAGAUAGCAGGAAACGUGAAUGUAUCAAAUUACAGGAGACGCGCACUGCAAGAACACGGAAAUUAUCCAUACACGGCGUGCUACUACGACUGUUUUUUACCCAACACGACCACCGACUUCAUCCCUGAGACGGUACGAUCUAGUUUUGACGGCUUCGCUUUCACCGUUGUCGUCGACAUCGACGAAUACAUCGUUCCACGAUUACACAACGAUUUCCACGCCAUGCUCAAUUCUUUGGAUAAAAUAAAGCGUCACGGCGACGACAACGAAACAGAAGUCAACGCGUCACCAUUCGCAUCGUUCGUGUUCCGCAAUGUAUUUUUCUACACGCAAUGGAAUUCCGACAAAGACGCACUUCAAGUGAUACCAGAUUCACAAAAACGUUGGAUGAACGUGGAACCCGUCACGGUCGCAAAAACUGUUCGAGACACUCGACCAACUCAAUUCGGAGUUCGUUCCAAGUACAUAGUGAAGCCACACUGGAUCAAUGAAGCAGGCAAUCAUUUCAUCUGGGAACCUGUCGAAGGUAAACGAAAUAUGUACGUGAAACACACAACCGCCAUGAGCCAUCAUUAUCGCAGCACCUGCACUUCAGACAAACAGAGGUGCCUCAAGCGACCCACGGUAGUUGACAGAGCAGCUCUAAGAUUUGCUAUGCCAUUGGUGAAUCGCGUUGCGACAAGAUGCUCAGAAAUCUUCGAAGAACGUUGCCCCUGAAGAAUGCCUUUCAACUUUGUGAUACAGUGAUCAGCAGCAAAAUGAAGAUGAGCAGCAGAAGCGAUGGUGUCCAUGUUUUGAACACGGCGGCCCAGCUAUUCGAUGCAAAUAAAAUCUUUUCUUUAGAACGAAAAUCAUCAAA